AUGGAAACGCUGCCCCUUCACAAUGAAGAUGCCUAUGAGGGCUCAGAGAAGCCCCGGUGGGCCAACCCACAUCCACGACCUAGCCGUAACACCAUGAUAUGGCGCUACAUUGUUGUUGUUAGCUUCCUGGUCGGCUACUACCUGCUCCUGAGACCUGUCGAAGCGCCGUGCACGUCGCCUAGCUGCAACUCGAAAUGCGAUUCUACUGCGUGUACUGCACCGGAUGCUUCUGUGGCCACUUUCACAUCCCCUGAGUUGGACCAGUCGCAAUACGAAAACAUCGAACUGGAGUCUUACGAAGAAAUCCCAGCGAUCCAGCGCCCCCUUGUCAUCUCUACAGAAGUUUCAGAGAAGAAGAUUCCGCUCGAAGCACACAUUAUGAGCAAAUGCCCAGAUGCCAAGGACUGUUUGCAAAAGUUGGUUCUGCCAGCUAUGGAGCAGAUUAGUGAUAAGGUCGACUUUAAGCUCUCCUUCAUUGCUAGUGUAUCCAAAGAAUCAUCUGAAAUCGAGUGUAUGCAUGGUCCUGGCGAAUGCAUCGGUGAUAUGCUCAUCCUAUGCGCUGCAAACCUACCCUUCCCUGCGACGACCGAUGACUUACUUUUGCCGCAAUCCUAUCCCCGUACACCCAUCAUUCGAUCUUUGGGCUUCGCCAACUGCCUCAUCAAUGGCUACCAAUACAUCCCAGACCGCGAUUUCAUUCAUGAAUGUGCAAUGGAGCACGGUAUCGAUUUCGAUUCCUUGAACCGAUGUGCCAGCCAACAAGACGAUAAUCCUGGCGGUGGCGGCCAGGAAGAGCCACCACUUAGUGGUAUUGUACUAUUACGCGAAUCUGCCCUCCGCAGCUCGGAACUAGGAGUUAGAACCAGCUGCACCGUUCGACUGGACGAAGCAAUCUGGUGCAUUCGUGAUGGCGGCGAAUGGAAAGAUUGUGUUCAGAAUGGCGGUGCUAACCCCCAGGCUCUGAUCGACCGAAUAAACGAGCUUUGGGAAGAGCGAAAUUGA